AUGCGCUCCGCUGCGCUGCGCUGCGCUACGUCUACGCCGCGUACUGCAAAAAUUGAUGCAUUGAAGUCCCCGAUUCGACGGGUGACGGGUGGGGUGUGGGGGAUGGGGGAUGGGUGGAACUCGCGCAGUAAAGAGCGUGGAUUUCAUAGGACGGCAUUCUUGAAACGGAAGGCUGGGAAGAGAGAAACAUUUCAGGCAAUGGGCAUCAACGAGCCUUGGAAGCGAGGUCGCGGCUGA